AUGGCCAAUCUCAACCAUACCAGUAUUAGCCACACCAUCUUCAUCCUAGUAGGUAUACCUGGCCUGGAGGACCAACACAUGUGGAUUUCCAUCCCUUUCCUGAUAUCCUAUCUUACUGCCAUCAUUGGGAAUUCCCUCCUCAUCUAUAUCAUUUUCACUGAGAGAACCCUCCAUGAGCCCAUGUAUCUCUUCCUGUCCAUGCUGGCAGCUGUUGAUAUUGUCCUCUCCACCACCACUGUACCCAAAUCAUUGUCCAUCUUUUGGUUCAAUGCCAGGGAGAUCUCCCUUAGUGGGUACAUUACCCAACUGUUCUUCAUUCACUCUACAUAUAUUACAGAGUCAGGGUUUCUGUUAGUGAUGGCUUUUGAUCGAUACAUUGCAAUAUGCCACCCUCUGAGAUAUAGCAUGAUCCUCACCAAUUUCGUCACUGGAAACAUUGGUUUGGCCGUCCUGUUAAGAAGCAUUGGCACCAUUUUUUCUAUCAUAUUCCUGCUGACUCGACUGACUUUCUGCAGAAAUAACAUUCUUCCCCACACCACCUGUGAACACAUUGGUUUGGCCAAGUAUGCUUGUGAUGACAUCCGUGUGAAUAUCUGGUAUGGAGUGUUUGUCCUUUUAACAACUAUAGUCCUAGAUAUUAUCCUCAUAGCAACUUCCUAUGGGCUGCUUCUCUGAGCUGUCUUCCGUAUUCCCUCCAGGGAGGCUCGUCACAAAGCUCUCAACACCUGUGGCUCCCACGUCUGUGUCAUUGCCCUCUUCUAUGUUCCAGGAAUCUUCACAUUUCUUACCCAACGUUUUGGGCACCAUAUCCCACCUCAUGUCCAUAUCCUAUUAGCCAACGUGUGUGCUCUGGCCCCACCCAUGCUAAAUCCCAUCAUCUAUGGGGUCAAGACAAAACAGAUCAGAAACAAAUUGGUCCAUGUGUUUUUUCCAAGACAGAAAUGA